AUGGCUUCUACAUACUUGAGGCCGGUACCACCGCCUGAUGGAUUCCAGAUCAGGCGAAAACCAGUUUCCAAUCCAAAUCUCAGGGGAACUGCCCUUGCCCAAGCCCCUGGAGGAUUGUCGCAUGCCACUACCUCCCCAUGUUUAGCGCCGCCACCAUUAUCACGGCCUCCAUCUUACAACGAUUUAUAUGGAGCGACACUGCCAGUACCUCAACCCGAUACAUGUUUGAGACCACGGACGGCGGGCGCAUUUAGUUCAUCAGCACCGCCGUCGCCAUCGCCAUCACCUUCUCGAAGUCCAUCUCCCACGCCUGUGCAAAAGGCAUAUGGCGAAGCCCGUCAUUUCCUGGGUGGCUUGAUCAAUCAUCCCACAGAAUCUAACAAGCAUUUCACUAUUCUGCGUCACUCUCAUGGCCUCGUCUUUUAUCGGGGUAAUGCCACUUCGGUAGCUGUGUCGAUCUUCUCCGAUACUCCCCUGCCACAGGACCGCACUGUAUGGCUGCAGAAUAAAGGGUGGUCCGGCAAGACCGGUAUGCGUGCUAAAGCUUUGUUUCGACUCAAUGACAGCUGGCUCGACGUUACCCCGGGUAUGCCCGUCCGUGCAGAUCAAGUGAACCCAGACGAUGAACGCGCCUGGCAGCGGGAUAUCAAAAAGUUUUUCAAAAAGGCACCUUCGAGACAGCGUGAUGCUCAUCGACUACGAGAGACAGUCGUGGUACGCAUUCCCGCCGAAGCUGGUGAUGGCUACUUCCAGCUUGUGUUGUGUCAAGGUCAAAAAAAGAAGGUACUUGGGAAUAGUCCCGUGUUUCGCGUCAUUUCAACAUCGACAAACCCGCAUUCCAUUCGCGGUGCGAGCCUGAGCACUCUGCCCUUAGAGGUUGGAGCUAUGGUUGUUAGUUUAUAUGCUCAAACGGCAGCGCAGACUGUAAUGACACCCGCUACGACAGCGGUGACAUCGGUGACAUCGGUGACAUCAAAGUUGAAUCCGUACCGUCCGUCGUGGUUGACGCAAGCGGCGGCUCAAAAGGCGUAUUCCGCGAGUGGUAUUCAAGAUCGAGUUGCGGGGAUCUACAGUGGGUCAUCUGCACAACCUCGCAAGGUGCAGGGAGAUGGGUGUCCAGCGGUGAUGGCCCAUGAGGUAUCACCAGCUGAAAUUGGCCCUCAACCUCCUUUCCCGAUGAUCUUCCAAGCUCGGGGCCAACUCGGUCAUUCAAUUUCCCCGAGCAGUCCUAGCGAUACCCCAAAGUUAACCCUCGCCAAAUUCCCAGAUUGGGUUCCGGAGCAGUUACGAGGGUACUUCUUCGGCUGGGCUCGAUUUGACAUUAGCACUGGAAAGGAGAAGGUGAUGAGUCCCUGGUGUCCAUCAAUCCUAUCAAUUCGCACUCUCGACCCCCUCCAAGCUGAACGGGUCAACAUGUCCCAAGUCGCCAAGCACGUCGUCCAGCUACGUCUCCUGGAUGAAGUACCUUUCCAAAUAACCAAAGUGGAGAUUCGCGUCAUGGGAUUCCUCCGGGUAGACAUCCCACCUCCUACCGGUACCACCAGCCAAGAACUUGCAGAUGCCCAAGCAGCAGCCGCCGAGGCAGCUGUACUCGCCGAUGCAUAUGAUAUAUCAGUCGUGCAGAGUACCCUCUCCCACCCCGCCUGGGCUGCAGACGGACCAACCGUGGAUGUGUCGGAUCAGCAGAAUACUGGCUGGGUGGACAAGACACGGCAGGGUGUUGAAAGUAUACGAGCCAAGGGGCAGAAAUGGGUGGAGCAGGUCCCGUUGCAUCGACUUGGAGUUCGGUCUGUGGCGGAUGAAUGGAGGGAACGACAGGUGGCCGUGAAUGGGUUUUACAUUGUGCGAUGA